AUGGGCAAUGGAAUUCAACCAACCGACACUCUCACCUUAACAGAGACGCCGACAGAAGCUGGCGGCACGACGACCAUCCUCGUCGUUUUGCCCGCUAGUACUAGCGACGAUGCAGUGCAUGCAACCCUAUUGCCAGGCUCUACGGGAAUUGCUGAGAUUCCAAAACCUGAAGAUGGACAGCCUGAUUCCAUAUUCACCGUACCUGGGGCUCCGAAACCAACGAGUCAAUCUACCGUAACUAUCACCAGAAUCCCGGACGGCCUACCCCAGCCAGCAAAAGCAACACUCCUUCCUGGCCCUCCGCCAGUCCCUGGUGGUGAUGUGACAUCCAUCUACGUUCCUGGCGCCGGUGAAGAAUUUGCGAAACCAUCUGACUGGACUUGCGCUUGCGCCACUGCCUCUGCCCAAGUUGUCACAGUGACACGCCAGCCCGAGCCAGGGCCAACUGUUGAAAGCAAAUUGCCCGACGGCAACCUCACGACUGUUCCAGCUUCCAAAUUCCCAUGCUCCUCCGACGACAAGAACCCUUGCAAAGGCUCCCAGGUCCAGCCAUGGUAUUCGUUUACAGUUGGCUGGACAGCUGAUUUCCCUCGCCCUGGCCCUCCGAAGCCAUUCUAUACGACCUCAAAUUUUGAAACAGAUACCAUUCUCACGCUCACUGAUGAUCUGUAUCAAGCAGAACAUUUCAAGGUGACUAUGGAUGAGGAGGUUAUUGGGGAGACGCAUGAGAAUGGGUGGAAGAAUGAUAAGAUUUAUUGUGGAAAGAACGCGGACGAAUGCAUGGCAAAAGGAUGGUCUCACGGUAGUUUUCUGAUCCCGAAAGGAAAGCACGAUUUGGGAUUCCAAUGGACUGAGGGAAAGUAUCAGACGGAGGCGGGAGGAAACUGGUGGUAUGGGGCUGGACAGCACGCCCUGUGCACACGAAGAUUGAUGGCUUCGACAGAUUUGCCAGCUGACUUGCACGAUGAAAGGUCCUCCGACAGCCUUUCGCAGAUCUUGCGAGUGUUGCAAAAUAUUGAGGGAAAGCUAGACAGUUAUGAUGAGCGCUUCCAUCGGCUAGAAGCUUCAAGAGAGCUAGACACCCAAUACGAUCAUGAUGAGGACAAGGAAGCCGAGUCUAUGCGAAGCGUUGAGGGCUGGCACACUCAUCCACCUUCGCCCACUCAGGUUCAGACCACGCUGCAAGACAGCAAAACGGAUCCGAAGAUAUACUAUACAGAAUGGGACACGAACCAUUUCAUCGAGGCGCUGCCUCAGGAUUUGUAUACCGAGUGGGAGACCCAUGGCGCCAAGGUCGACCAGAUCUUCGAUCUUCGCCUGUCUGUGGCAAUGGAAAAGCGUCUAGGAAGUUGCUGGCAGAUGCCUGAUGACGACCGGCUUCCGUUGAAGUUCUUCCGGGCAAACAUUCUCAAGACCUUUAUGCAGUCGGGUGUGCCAAUGAGGAAUUUGUAUAAAGCAAAGAAACCGUUUGAGAAGGACCUUGCAUUCUUGUGUGAUUUUGACGAUAAAUUGCGAAGCCACAAAGGCAAUGACUUCGUUGCUGUAGACUUCGAUACGUUCAAUAAUUCCAGAAUAUAUAGGCUUGGCACCGAGGCCAUCGGAUCCGAUUUGCUAGUCAGACUUGAGGGCGCGCAAGAGGCGCCUUGGUCUCGAAUCAUCCUUUACCAGGGCGCCGCAACUGGGGGCAGCAUAAACCCGGAGCGGAAAAGACCAGAGCAGCCUAUUCCAUACUUUACACGAAAUGACAGAAUAAGCGGCGUAUGGGAUCAUAUCUCUACUCACCUGCAACUGAAAGCGAGAGGAACCACGACGAAUCCCUAUGCGACAUCCCCAUGGACAGGCUUUCACACCACCUUUUAUGAGAUCCUCGAGACAGCUGAUCCUAUCGAGAAUGAGCUCUGGAGACAUGGCCCACUGUACGACCAUCCUCUUGGGUGGCAAUUCCGCAAGUGCGCUUACACCCUCUACUCACCAUUGUCUGCUUUUGAGACUAGCAACAAUAGUAGGCUUGGCGAACACUCCAGGUUCUGGACAAUCUUGAUCCUCUCCCCAAGUGGCUUCUUCAAAGACGGCAGCCGCGCAUUUCCUACUCAAGAAUUAGGUGUAGGUCAAUCACAGGCUCUCGGGCACUGCUUCGGCAGACUCAGUCGGGUAGGUGCUGAAAUGAACCUCAUCGGCCACGGCUUGGAACGGAUCAGUGAGCGAUGGACCGACUUCCAGACAUACUUUGACUAUAUCUUGCAUGGGGGUGAUUCGCUGAUGAACCCUUCUGAGCAUGACAAUCUUCUCUUUGACGACGGCGCCUUUUCGAGAUCAAGGAAAUACUUCUGGGUGAUCGAAUGCUUGUCAGAAUUUGACAUUUGCAUAUCCGACAACCUGACUCAGUGGGAGCUCUACAAAGCAGCUCGGAUUCCCCUAGCGCAUGACGCACUGACGAAACUUGAUCGCGUCCAGCUCAGCUUCGCGGAACGGCACUGCACCGUUCUUCAGAAUCAGCGAGACACGUUUAGGCAGAAGCUGGCCGCAACAAAAGCACUUCGAGAUGCCCUGUUCAACGCCAGUGCCGUCAUCGAGAGCAGAGCGUCGACGCGACUCGGCGAACAUGUGAAGCUGUUGACUUUUGUAUCCAUCUUCUUUCUACCGCUCGCUUUCACGACGUCACUCUGGAGCGUCAACGAUAAGUUUUCCUCCAGCGUCCUCACGUAUGUCAUCAUCCUCGUUGCUCUUACAACGUACUCCGUCAUGUUCAACAUCGACAGCUUAGCGCAGGGUUUUGGACGUGUCUAUGACAUCAAGAAGAAGAAGGUUGUGAGGGCGAUGAAGAGGGAUCGCAACGAGACCUGGAAGCUGCGCGGUAAGCGUUUUGAAGUGUUUCGACCGAAAUCAGAGAAUCCUGAGCCCUCUGAGUGGUACAUUCCACUUUAUGCAAUGAUGCAUCCCGGAGCGCUGCUUGGCCUCAUAAAUGAUAGUUCAACCAGCGCGCGAACCCGACACUCACAGAAGGACGCCACUCAACACAAGUGGUCGCGCAUGUUUAGUCGACGCAGAAACAAAGAUGAAGAGAAAGAACCACCUGAUGAGGGGUGGGUCAUGUGA